AUGAGCGAUCUUGAUCAGGCGAUUGCCCAGCUGCGCGCUUGUCGACCGAUCCCGGAGGCCCAGGUUCGCGAGCUGUGCCACAAGGCGCGCGAGCUUCUGAUAGAGGAGGGAAAUGUGGUGACAGUUACGGCGCCAGUCACGAUAUGCGGUGACAUUCACGGCCAGUUCCAUGACCUCAUGGAACUCUUCCGAGUCGGCGGAGAUGUUCCCGAUACCAACUACCUAUUCAUGGGCGAUUUCGUCGACCGUGGCUUCUAUUCUCUCGAAUCAUUCCUUCUUUUGCUUUGCCUCAAAGUUCGAUACCCCGACCGCAUGACCCUCAUACGCGGGAACCACGAGUCUCGACAGAUUACCACAGUCUAUGGAUUUUACGACGAGUGCCUCCGAAAGUAUGGCAGCGCAAACGUCUGGAGAUAUUGUUGCGACGUUUUCGACUACCUAGCCCUCGGCGCCAUCGUCCUCGGCGCGUCCAACACCCUCAGCCCAGCCGAAGGGGUUACGCCCCCGCCGGACGCCGACCUGGAGAUUGAAGUCCUUAACUCGGACAGAGAUAUCAUAAGUCGCUUCCCGCGCCAGCGAGGCCGCAGCCCUGGCGCCCAGCUGACGAGCCCCAACAGCGCAGUCGGGAACGGGGCAGACCCUACCGGCGUCGGCAAGACGGGCCCUCCCGGCUCCGGCGCCUCGGGCUCGAGCGGCGGUUCCAUCGGCAACCCCGCCGGCGCGGUGCUGUGCGUGCACGGCGGCCUCAGCCCCCUCAUCGACACCGUGGAUAAGAUCCGCCUCCUGGACCGCAAGCAGGAGGUGCCCCACGAGGGUGCCAUGUGCGACCUGCUGUGGUCCGACCCGGACGAGAUCGACGGCUGGGGCCUGUCCCCGCGCGGCGCCGGCUUCCUGUUCGGCGCCGACAUCGUCAAGGUCUUCAACCACCGCAACGACCUGUCGCUCGUCGCCCGCGCCCACCAGCUGGUCAUGGAAGGUUUUAAGGAGAUGUUCGAUGCCACCAUCGUCACCGUCUGGUCCGCCCCCAACUACUGCUAUCGCUGCGGCAACGUGGCCGCCCUCCUCGAGCUGUCCGAGGACGAGUCGGGCCUCGGCGCCUUCUCGCGGAGCAACGGUGACGUCGGGCGCAGCGACGGCGGCAUGGGUCCUGGCGGCGGCGCGGGUCCGAGGGGGGUCAUGAUGGAGACGGACGUCGGGCUCAAGAGCGGGCCCGCGCGGCGCUACCGCGUCUUCCAGGCGGCGCCCCAGGACUCCAGGGGCAUGCCGGCCAAGAAGCCGGUCGCCGACUAUUUCUUGUAA